ACACACUUUGGAGCCCUUGUACAGGCUGCUCGACAACGGCCAUAAGUGGAGAUGGACUACGCAGGAAGCAGAGGCUUUUCUGCGGGCCAAGCAGCUACUGCAGUCUUCGGACGUCCUUGCCCAUUACAGUGUCCACCAGCCACUAGUCAUGGCAUGUGAUGCCUCUCCGUACGGACUUGGGGUGGUACUCAGCCACGUUGAUAGCGAAGGCCGGGAGGUACCGGUAGCCUAUGGCUCUCGAACUAUGACAGCUGCCGAAAGGAACUACGCACAGACAGACCGGGAAGCUCUGGCGAUAGGUUUUGGAAUACGAAAGUUCCACAAGUUCAUCUACGGUCGGCAUUUUCGGAUCGUGACCGAUCACAAACCUCUACUGGGACUCUUGCAUCACGCAAAACCGAUGCCUCAAGUGCUGUCGCCGAGGAUGUUGCGAUGGUCGUUAAUGUUGUCGGCUUACGACUACGAGCUGGAGUACAGGCCUGCUCAUCAGCUCAGGAACGCGGAUGCACUGAGUCGACUGCCUCUAACUGUGGAAGACAGCUCAACUGACGAGAAACUUUUUGAAGUCCGGAUGCUGGAGACUGCGCCGGAGAUUCCGUGGGAUGCCCAGAAGAUUGCCCGAUGCACCCGGAACGACCCAACCUUGUCCAGAGUUCGACAUUGGACGGGGGUUGGAUGGCCUCAAGGCAGGCUGCCGGACGAGUUCAAGCCAUUUGUUCGACGGCAGCACGAGUUGUCGGAGUAUCGGGGAUGCCUGCUGUGGGGAUGUAGAGUCAUCAUUCCAGAGCAAGCGAGAGACCAGGUUUUGGAGCUGCUGCACACCACGCAUCCCGGGAUCGUCCGCAUGAAGGCGCUUGCCAGAAGCACAGUUUGGUGGCCGGGUAUCGACCAAGAUAUCGAAAGGAAGGCCCGAACCUGCCUGCCCUGCCAGGAGACAAGGCCGCAACCUGCACGUGCAAGACUGCAUCCGUGGGGAUUUGCCAGAAACCCAUGGUCCCGAAUCCACAUCGAUUUUGCAGGACCCUUCCAAGGAAAGGUUUUUCUUCUGGUGGUGGAUGCGCAUUCGAAAUGGCUGGAAGUCAUCCAGAUAGCAUCCAUGUCGUCAGCAGCAGUGUGUCAAAGGCUGCGAGUGCUGUUCGCAACACACGGUGUUCCCGACACUAUAGUCUCGGACAAUGGGACAGCGUUCGUCUCACAAGAAUUUGAAGAAUUUUUGCAGAGAAACCAGAUCCGGCACGUUAAGGUGGCGCCAUAUCAUCCAUCGUCAAAUGGCCAAGUGGAGCGCAUGGUCCAAGAAACUAAACAAGUCCUCAGGCGCAUGGAAGGAGGCGACAUGGCCACCAAGUUGGCCCGAUUUCUUUUGAGUCAUCAUAUUCUCCCGCACUCAACGACCGGAAAGAGUCCGGCGGAAUUGUUGAUGGGUCGGAGACUCCGUACUGCACUGGACCGGCUUCACCCAGACCUACAAGCAGAGAUGGUGGACAAGCAAGAGGAACAAGCGCUGCGGGGAAGACAAGAUGUACGCGAAUUCAAGCCGCGAGAACCAGUCUUCAUCCGCAAUUAUUUAGCAGGCCCCAAGUGGCUACCCGGUAUCAUCACUGAGAUCACCGGUCCGGUGUCUUACAAGGUUCGCACCAUCGACGGUCGUUUCUGGAAGCGGCACGUGGACCAAAUCCGGAGACGGGAGUGGAGCACAUACCUGGACGAGGAGGAGCCUACGACAGAGCUGUCACCUCAGGAGCUCUCCUUACCAAGCGAGCCAUCGCUUAGGAAUGAAUCGGUGGAAGAGUGCCCACCAUCUACGAGUCAAGCGGACUUCCCUGAGGAGUCAACCCCAGUGGCAACACCUCCAGCUUCCCCACAACGUUCACCUGCUUCACCCCAUGAACCGAGGCACCAAACAGUGUUGCCAACUUCAGCGCCUGCGCAAGAACAGUCAAAUCGUCCCCAGCGACAACGGCGACGUCCCGACUACCUAAAGGACUAUGUGACCUAG